AUGCCGUGCUUCAGCUGCAUCACCGUCGCCUACCUGCUGUGCGUCGCGUCCUCAAAGAGCCACGCGGAAAAGGUUCCGCGCGGAGAGGACAGGCAGAAUAUUAUGUUCGGUUUGAAUGCAAACGUCAUAGAAAUUGAUAUGCGUUUUGAAGGGCUAACCCAGCUACCAAACGCGUCGCUUUUGAAUCCGCGGACAAAAGUUUUACUUUUAGCGGCGAAUAAUAUUUCGUCAACGACAAGUGAAUUGAGGACGUUAGCUUCAUUGGAAGUGCUGGACGUAAGCAGGAAUCGGUUGAGGUCUCUGAGAUUCCUGCCGGAACCGUGUUCGCUUCGCGUGUUGGACGCGUCGGAAAAUGUCAUAGCCGACCCCACGGGGCCUCUCCAGACCUGCACAGAACUGGAGGUGUUGAACUUGACCCGCAACGAAGUGUCCUCCCUCGACGGGGAGCUGUUGGCGCGGACGGGCUCGCUCAAGUCGCUGUACCUGUCGUACAACAAGCUGCGCAGCGUGUCGCGCGACGCGUUCGCCUCGCUGUCCCAGCUGGAGGACCUCUACCUGAACGGCAACGAGCUGCGCGAGCUGCCCGACGGGCUGUUCCGCGGGCUGCACGCGCUCAAGCGCCUCUGGAUGAACGGCAACCGCCUGAGCGCGCUGCCGCUGCUGGACGCGUGCUGCGCGCACCUCAAGUGGGCGCUCUUCAACAACAACGCCAUCGCCACGCCCGGCGCCGCGGCGCUGCGCGCGAUCAUGGCCAGCGACGCCGGCGUCAACGUCGGCCUCUACAACAACCCCAUCCGGCCCGCCGCGCUGCGCUGGGUGCUGGCCGCGGGCGACGUGGAGCGCGUGGUGGACGAGGCCAACUGCGCGUGCGGGCGCCUGCGCAGGGCCUCCGCCACCGUCUAUAUCUGCGUGGCCACCGCGUGCGGCAUCGGUGCGGACGUCGGCGACUGGGUGGUGGCCGUGCGGGAGGCCGCGGCCGCGGUGUAG